UGAACCUGGGUCCUCUGAAAGAACAAACAGUGGGUGCUCUCAGCUGCUGAGCCAUCCCUCCAGGCCCCCUCCAUCAGUUCUUAAUGAGCCUUACUUUUCUCCCUCAUAUUUGUUUCCGUUUGACAUUAUCAUUGUCAUCAUUAUUGUUAUGGUUUUUUGUUGUUGUGUGAGGCAGGAUCUCCAUAUAGACCCCUGGCUAACCUUGGCCUGGAGCUCUGAGCUAUCGAUUCUUUUGCCUUGGUCUCCUGAGUGCAGGGUCAUAAGCGUGCAUCAUCCGACAUGAACCCCACUCAUCUGACAGCCUGUGACUUCUGCCGUGUGGCUCUCCUCUGGAGCAAGCACAUGGCCCUUGGGGCUGAAGAUUUCUCUGCACUACAUUUUCUCAACAAGUAUGCAUGCCUUUAAUCCCAGCACUCGGGUGACAAAGGCAGGUGAAUCUCUGAGUUCGAGGCCAGCCUGGUUUACAGAGUGAGUUCCAGGACAGCCAGGACGACAUAGAGAAGCCCUGUCUUGAAACACCUUCCCCCUCCAAAAAAAGAAAAGAAAAGAAAAGGAAAAAAAAGAGAAGUAGUGUGCUAACAGGCAGCAGGCUUUGUGCAUAGAGAAUAUUCGAACUUUGUUCAGCCGAGGAAGGGUACCUGUCCAGGACAAUGAUGCCCUUGAGUGUACCUUUGUGGGGUCAGAAGGUACAUAUUUAUUUUGAAGAGUGGGCUUUGAUUCCGAGGCAGUAGGAAGGUUGUCUUACUCAGUCUGAGGUGGAGGGGUGUGGAGUGCCCUUUCUAGGUCUGGUGCUCAUGGUCAAAGCUGAUGGCUGACUUCCUCAGGGCUCUGCCUCUACCGGUGCUCUGUGAAGCUCUUUGAAUGCUCAGGCAGCAGUAGCUGCCCCUACGUGCUGCCCGUAUUCACUGCCUUUCUCGUCACGGGGACCAGCUCCCUGACUGAAGCCACUUAAAGGAGGCUGGUGCCCAUCAUGGCGGGAGCAUGGGGGCAGCACCUCCCAUCUCUGCGGAAUUGGGAAUCAGAACAUUGCACAAGAGCAGAGUUGAGCUACAACCUUCCAGACCUGCCUCUAGUGGCCUCUGCCCACCAGCCAGGCAUUUGUAUCAAGUGCGGGCUUGGCAUCUACGGAGCGAGGCAGGCGUGCCAGGCAAUGGGGAGCCUGUAUCACACUGACUGCUUCAUCUGUGACUCCUGUGGGAGACGGCUCCGCGGGAAGGCCUUCUAUAACGUGGGUGAGAAAGUGUACUGCCAGGAGGACUUCCUGUACUCCGGGUUCCAGCAAACUGCUGACAAGUGCAGCGUGUGUGGACACCUUAUCAUGGAGAUGAUCCUGCAGGCCCUUGGCAAGUCCUACCACCCUGGUUGCUUCCGCUGCUCAGUGUGUAACGAGUGUCUGGAUGGCGUUCCCUUCACCGUGGACGUGGAGAACAACAUCUACUGCGUUAGAGACUACCACACGGUGUUUGCUCCAAAAUGUGCUUCAUGUGCCCGCCCUAUCCUUCCUGCCCAGGGCUGUGAGACAACCAUUCGUGUGGUGUCCAUGGACAGAGACUACCACGUGGAGUGUUACCACUGUGAGGAUUGCGGGCUCCAGCUGAGCGGGGAGGAAGGACGCCGCUGCUACCCCCUGGAGGGGCAUCUGCUCUGCCGCCGGUGCCACCUGAGGCGCCUGGGACAGGGCCCACUCCCCUCGCCGGCUGUGCAUGUGACUGAGCUCUGAGAAGCAGCCAUCCGGAGAGAAGGAUGACCCACGCUCCUGUCUUCUUCCCUCCGCCGAGCUGCUGUCCCUUCCGCAGGGGCCGGACCCCCGCGUCAAACAAGCGACUUCUAUUUAUUCACCUUCCGUGCCUCAAGCCACUUCCCCUGCUGGGUUCCAGGAUACCCGCACCCGGCAGCCUUGGGAUAGGCCACCUUCCUCCGCCUGGCCUUAGCUCCCAGAGGCAGGGCUUGAAGGGCCUUGGUGCCAUGGGGGAAGGGUGCCUUAUUUGUGUGUGAUCACAGCCAGGGCAGUGACACCUGGGAAACACCGGGUUUGGCCUUGAUGGGUGUUUUCAGCCGCAGGUCUCUGCCUCUCUGGAUCCCGACUUGGGGUGGUGCCUUUCUAGCAUCCUCAGCCUCAGAAGACCCUGAGCGAAUCCCAGGCACAGAGAGCGAGCCCACCAGGGCUCCCUGCGACCCCGGGGAGCAUCUGUGCACACUGUAUCCGACUCUACUACAAAACCAUGUGAUUUGACUUAAAUUAAGUUCCUCCCCCUCAGAGGAUGUUUGCAUUUUCUUUAAAAGAAUAUAGUUUUCUUCUAAAAACUUGGA